AUGGGAUUCUUGCAUUUUGAGCCAGAAAAAUGUCCAAAGAAGUUGGGUAUCGGAGACAAAUGGUACGACGGGUACAACUGGUGUAUUUGUACCGAUUUUGGACCUUCUUGUACUAAGGAAAUUGCUUCCAUGAGAAAAGACGUUGUUGCGGCGUGUGAAAAUGUCGGUGAGAAAUGGAUUGACGGAUGCUACCGUUGCCGCUGUCGUCAGAAGGACAUCGUGUGUCACGCCGAUGUUCAGUGUGUUCACGGAUUGCGAGAUUUCCCGGUAGAUUGCGGUUUACACAGUGGGUGUAUCUGUGGACUGGACGGGGUGCCGUCGUGUAUUAAAGACGUUCUGGCCAAGCAAAAAGCGUUGAACGAGAGGUGGAUAGUUCAACACACGAGACCGUCUAAGCUGACCGAGAUUCUGCUGGACAAGAAGGAUGACUGUAAGCUGGGUACACGGUGGUACGACGGUUCCGACAGAUGCUUCUGUGACUCCACCGGCGACGUGACGUGCGGGGAUCCGAAACACGUGGCGCAACGAAUCGACGGAUUCAGGUUUAAGUCCAUUCUCUGUCCAAGUCGACUGGUGUGGGAGUACAAUUGUAAACGCUGCACGUGCCACGUGUCUGGUAUAGCGUUCUGCGUGCGCAUCCAUCACUGCACGCGCAGCAAAAGUCUUGUGGACAUGGAGCUUCAUAAAAACGAGUGUGAGGUGGGAUCCGAGUGGGACGAGGGGUGUCGGCGUUGUAGGUGUGACGAUAAGGCCAACAUCGUCUGCGACGACAGCAACUGCAACCAGUCGGGUUCAGACAAGACCAAGGUGAAGGUCACGGAUGGCGGGACAAACCUAAAUGGGGGUGAUAAGCUCGAUAAUACGUUGACGGAUUUCAAAUUGCACGUACAAGUGCCACCAGCUCUAGAAAAUUUUAUCAGACGUAAGGGAGAAGAACCCAAGAUGUGUGGGAAGUACAAGCCGGGUGAAAAGUACUGGGAGAAGUGUAAUUUGUGUUAUUGUACUGAAGCGGGAGACGCUCUCUGCACGGCUAUGAUGUGUCGUUAA